CAACUGAUCAAUUCUUAGUGGAAUCAAUAAUGAGGGGAAAAUCGAGCAAGGAGUCGCUUCUUAUAUUUUUUAUUCUGAUCCUGACAACGAUAGAUCAAGCAAUGAUGGUCCUGGCAAGUCAUCAUAACGGCCAUCAUCAUCGGGUGUCAAGGAAGAUUCAUCUGCCACGUGCGAUGGAGGCUACCAAAAGAUUCCCAUGCAGAGAUCCCCAGUCGAGAUCUUACAACGUGAGGGAUCUGGUACAGAGCAUGCAAUCCAGCGAGAGCCCGAAUCGACCGGUGUACAUUGUGUUGAAGAGAUGCGACAGUCAUUCAGGCUGCUGUACCAGCCCUGAUCUCAGUUGCGCGCCGGUACAGUCGUCAAUCUAUUACGAGGAGGUGGAGGUGGAGGUCUGGAGCCUGUUGACAAAUAGCACGAGGAGGACGUGGAUCAGGGUUGAGCAGCAUGGUAGAUGCAGCUGCGAAAUCAGCAACUCCAGUGAUAGACUUAGAGCGGACAUCCAGCCACCCGCUACAGAAAUCCUUUGAUCCUCAAGAGGUUCCUUGGAUCUUUCAUCCAGCGAAUAGAAGACUGCGAGUGCACUGGCCGGCAAUCAAGGCAGUCACCUUGCAUUUUCUCGAUGAACAACAUUUAUGGUACAAAAAACUAACAAUGUCAAUGUGACAGUGCAUUGCCAAUAGAAGUUAGCUAACCCAAAGUAAGACUGAGAUUAAUCUCUUAACGUUUUAACUUGUUACAAUUAAGAAGCAUAUCGGAGAAAGAAAGAAGAUUAAGAAAGUAUGAUCAUCGUUACUACUGAAUUAUCUGCAAGAAGUUUUGAUUACCAGCAGUGCUAAAGUUUAAAUAAAAAUUAGCGUGAGAUGCCAAAAGACAUUAGUUGACUAUUAGUUUAUAUGUGAGACUGAUGUGAGAUCAAUCAAACUAUAUGGAAUUAAGAUCCUUGAAGUUUCUUCGAAUAAUAUUUGCUAAUCUUCUGUACAUCGAUAAUUGAUUGUGACAUAACAAAUAAGAAAUAAUAAAGGUGAAAUUAUGUAGCAGACAUAUAGAUUCAGAGAUGUCCAAACAAACUUGGAUUACAACUAGAAGAAUCAUCAAUGGAAGAUCGAAGCAUGGUGAAGAUAUAAAGAAGCUGUCUAGAUAUUUGAUAAGUGAUUAUAAUUAAUAUAAACGAACAUAUUAUGCUUUGAACGAUGAAUUAUCAUCAUGAAGAAGCAGAAAGUGAAGAAAAGUCUUUCAGUAGCAAAUUUAAGGAAAUUAGUUUCCUCUUGGGUUUUUCUUCCUCGCAAAGAAUAUUUCGAUUCUUCAAUCGAUCAAAGUAUGCCUUAUGUAUGUAAGAUAUAAGAAGUAUCUAUUUUUAUCAUAAAUAUUUAUAUAUUUCUUCUUAUCUUAUUUAUAUAUUUUAAUAUAAAUGCACUUAAUAGACUUAAUAAAAUAGUGCCAUCUUCUUUUUAUGUGAUUUAGUAUUAUAGAGAAAUAGAAAACUGUUAAACGCAACAUGUAACGUAAAACAUCACGUUACUUCUUUUAAACAUCUCAUAUACUUUAAAAUGUUUUAGCUAUUCUAAACAGUUACACUUAAAGUGAGAUUCAGUAAUAUUAUAUAUAACUGUAUUUCACAUUUGCCUCACUGAAUUGUGAUCGUGAACGUCUUAGAGACAUCUUAAACAUUUUAAUAAUUAACUUUUUUUUACAUUGUGAUACAAAGAAAUCAUAUCAAUUUCUAGUUAUAAAAUGCGUUCUGUAAAAAUCUAUAUAAGAUGGCGUCGGAAUGCUUGUAUCACGUUUAGUCUGCUGGAUUCACGUGCACUUCCAACUUUAUAUUAAACUAAUAGCAUCACAAAACUGAUAGCUACGUUUAAUGCUAAAUAUAACUUCACUAUAUAUUCGCCACUAAAUGCCAUACUGUUCGCGCGUUAAACACAGAGUUUAUACUAGUUAAACAAAGUCCAGACGCGCAACAGAAAUAACGCGCUGUGUUAUGUGUAAAUCACUCUGUACACGGAAUGCCGUUAAAAGUUAAAAGUGUACAUUUAUAUUAAAAAAUAAUUUUUUACCUUACGUAAGAGCAAUUUUUCAUGACUUAACCAUCAUAAAAUAAAAUACUCGUUUUUCAUUUAAUUUAGAACGGAUUUUAACAAAACAACAAGUUUUGAUGCGUAUGACAUUUACUUACCAAAAUUAUCAAAAUUUGAUAAUUUUAUUUUAUAAAAGAUUUUAUUUUAUUUCAUAAAAGUUUAUAAGAAGAUGGACUCAAUAUUUGUUGAGGAAAAAGCAAGCCUAAAUUAGUCAUAGCUGUAAAAGUGCAAAAUUUACACUUUUUUAUGUGAUAAAAUUUCGUAUCAAAAAUAUCGCAACAGCAUUGUCGCGCAUUUAUUAUCGCGAUCGGCAAUAAUAAAUAAAUGUAACGAAAGAAUUCAGUAUUCCCGUAGUAUGUAAUUAGUGAGUAUUUAAAUGUUAAUUUAAUUUUUGUACUAAUUAAUUUAUGUAUUGAGCAACUUAUGCAAUCAAAACUGUAAUGUUUAUAAAAAAUAAAUCGCAAAUUUGGUUAUUUUUACACUA